AUGAUAAUUUGCCCCAAUCACAUUGGAAAUCCUAUAGCAUUUGUAUGUAUAGCUCCUCACAAUUGUAUGUGUCAAAGAAAAAUUUGUGCUGAAUGCCAGUAUGAACAUGAAGUAGAUUUGAAAUAGACAGUUCCAAUAAGGAUAUUUCAAAAAUUAGCUAUUCAGAAAUUAAAAGACUCAAAACUUGAUGAGACUAUCAAGUUAACCUAAUAGAGAACUGAUUUUAAAUUCUUGGUCUCUCAAACCGAAUCAAUGCUGAAGACAAUUUGGGAAGAAUUAUCAAAAUCUAUCAAAUAAAUACAUGAUUGGAUUGAACAGGAAUAAUAAUCAUUAGUUAAUCUCAUUAACGAAGAUAUCAAUCUAGCUGAAACCUCCGCCACGGACUUAGAAAAAAUAGUAAAUAUUGUAGAAGGAACAAUUAUAAAUGAUGGAAUGCUUAGAAGAAUUUUUAUCUGAAGGAGUUAGAUAAGAUCAAGAGUCGGUGGAACCAUCACAGUAAGGCUUUUAUUGAAAAGUAGAAGGAAGGAAUCCAAUAGAUUCAAUCUAUAAUUUAGUAAAUAUUUAAAUCAUAUUUCUAGGAUUCAAUCUAAUGAAGAAGAGGAAGAGAGCAAAGUUUAUUAAAUGAAAGAAGAUCUUUAUGAAAUGCUAAUCUGUGUCCAGGAUAUCAAUGACUCAUUAUAUAAGAAAAUUCUAGAAAUACUGAGGAGAGAUAAUGUUUCAGACAUCCUUGAAUUCAUUUCGAGUACAAAUAAUCAACACUUUUAUGAAUCUUUGAUCAACAAGCAUGACAAUAUAAGCAAUAUAAGAAAGAAAAUAAAGAAAAUCAUGAAUGUGUUGAGAAAUAUUCAGGAUCAUAAAUUUAAUAAGGAUGACUAUUCUUCAGUGACUUAUAAAAAUGAAAAAUAAGAUCUCAUUAAGAGAAUUGUGGAUAAGAAGGGGAUCAUAGAUUUCCUCAAGUUUAUAGUUAAAAUUACAUGUGGAUCAAAUGGACUUAGUUUAUUAGUGGCUAUGAAGGUAGAUCUCAGGAACCAAUCUUUUGAGAAUAUCAGGAUAAAGGAUGCUUCUUUGAUUGGAGGUAACUUUGUGCGAUGCAACUUAAGUGGGUCAAAAUUUGAUAAUAUAGAUAUAAGUGGUUUGAACUUAUCUGGUGCUAAGAUGUUUAACUGUAAAUGGAAAAAUAUUAAGAUCCAUGAGGUAAAUAAGUUGGAUGGUCAUAGUAGUAGUGUAAGAUCAGCAUGUAUCUCUCCUGAUGGAAAUACAUUAGCAUCUGGUAGUAAUGAUAAGUCUAUCCGUCUAUGGGAUGUCAAAACAGGAUAAUAAUAAGCCAAAUUAGAUGGUCAUGAGAAUUGGGUAGCAUCAGUCUGUUUCUCACCUGAUGGAAAUACAUUAGCUUCUGGUAGUUAUGAUAACUCUAUCCGUCUAUGGGAUGUCAAAACAUUAAAGGAAAUAGACUUAAUAAAUACUCUUUAUAAAGAUAUAUUUACCUAGUUUUAAAUACCACUUAUGAAUAGCUCAUUAUUACCAAAUAGUAUUUGUUAUUUACUAUUAUUUAGUUGAUCCAGAUCGUACAAUACUUCGAAUUUGUUAGAAUCCUUUAUUAGAAGCAUCAGGUACACUUAUUUUAAAAGGAGAAUUUAUAAGCCAUUAAGGAAAAGAUUUGAAACCUUUAUUUAAAUCUAAAGGAAGUUGCUUUUUAGAAGACUUAAAGCAAAAAUAAUUUAUCAACAACAAUUAUAAUCAAUAUCCAAUAUUUUUGUUAAUUAUUUCUUUAUCAGAUUCUACUCAUCAUCUUCACUGCUUAAGAUAGGUAAGCAAAUAUUUUCCAUACAUUUAUUCUAUUUAAUUUAAUGUACACCUCCUUUACUUAAAUACUAUUCAUAUAUAUAUGGUCAGUUUAGCGUAGGGAAUAUUUAUGGGGAUAUAAUAAAAACUGUUCUCAGGUAAUAUUUAAAGAAAUUAAAAUUUUAAUAAUACCACAUUAAAUUAAUAAUCUAAACAGAGAAUAGUAAGCACAAUGAAGAGAUUAAAAUAAAGAGUGAUAUAAUUACUUAAAGAAAACUAAUUUAACACAAUAUUCUUGUAUAAAUCAUUUAAGAUAUUAUAUGAUAGAUUUACUGAAUUUAUUUCUGCUAAUAAGCAGGAUUAGUCUUAAAAAUUAUUAUUAAUAAUUUUGUAAAAGUAGUUUUUUAAAAUAGAUACAAUUAAUAACAAAGAUCAAAAAAAAAGAUACUUAAAGAAUUAAAAAAUAAAGCCAAUCUUAGAAGUAUUUUAAAGUAUAACAAAGUUAAAUCAAUUACAUUGGAUGAUUGUUUCAAUAAUUCUACUCUAUUCUUGA